AUGGGAGACGAGGUGAACGGGUGGCGGAGACGGGGGCAGUACGGGAAGGAGGCGUCAGGGUUACGUGAUGGGAAGGAUAUAGGGAGAGAGCCGGAAGAGAUCGAGGAGUCGGAACGGAGCAAGAAUAGGGGAAGCCACGCUGGGCAGUGCGGGAGGAGCGGCGCCAUCUGCCACGUGGUCGAAGACCGACGUACACCGUCGGCCAGCGGUGUGCAAUGCGCCCCAAGUGAGUUCCGCUGUCAUGAUAAGCACUGCAUUCGUGGAAGCCUGUACUGUGAUGGGGUGACUGACUGUGCAGACCAGAGCGAUGAGACCCCAGACUGUGUAUGCCGCUCAGACCAAAUACGUUGUGGCAAUGGCAGCUGCCUGGGAAUCGCGUACCUGUGUGAUGGAGUCAAUGACUGUGGGGAUUUUACUGAUGAAAGCAACUGCAAAUGCGCCACAAGUGAGUUCCGCUGUGCUGAUAAGAAGCACUGCAUUCGUGGAAGCCUGUACUGUGAUGGGGUGACUGACUGUGCAGACCAGAGCGAUGAGACCCCAAACUGUGCAUGCAGCGCAGACCAAAUACGUUGUGGCAAUGGGAGCUGCCUGGGAAUAGCGUACCUGUGUGAUGGAGUCAAUGACUGUGGGGAUUUUACUGAUGAAAGCAACUGCACUUGUACUCCAAACCAGCACAAAUGCAAUAAUAGUGCAACGGAAUGUUUGGAUACAAUCUACGUUUGUGAUGGGGUAGUUGACUGCAGCGAUGGUUCCGAUGAAAAGCAACCUGUAUUGACGGGGAGUUCCUUUGCAAAAGCAGUGGAUGCGUGCCGCUUUUUCUCGUUUGCGAUGGUGACAUUGACUGUGUCGACGGCUCGGAUGAAGCUUCGUUUUUAUGCAGACCAGCUCGUACGUGUGUCACGUUUAACAACCCUGUGCAGCAUAGCUGGAGAAGCCAUCGAGAAUGGCUGCCUCGAAGGAAAGGCGACUGUUGCUGCAACCCGACCUGCCCGAGACGCCUUCCUGCAGAGUCUCAAGGAGGAGUCGCCGUCACGGCUGCUGGAGAUCGUAGAGCGACACAAAAGCCGCACAGACCCAUUCUGCUUGAAGGAAGUGCUGGAGGAGUUGCCACUGCGCGCUCUGAAGGAUGCACUUGAGAGUAUCGGCAAGAUACUCACUGAGAGCCUGCUGCGUUGCCCCGCUGAGCAAUGGAACCCUGACCCACCGCAACACGACGACAUGGAGACAGAAGCCACGGGAUCGGAGUCAACUGUAGCUGUUGUGACGGCUGUAGCCACAGUGCUAUCUGUGGCUGUGAAAACUGUCAGUGCGGAGGUGAUAGAAGACAUUUUGGAGUCGGCUAUCAUUCUACAUGCCCUGUUGCCACUUUUCACCGAUUCUCACCCUAACCUAAGAAACACGGUCAUAAACCUGUGCGAGUCUUGGUGGGAGAGAGACCUACCUGGGAAAGAGGAGCUUGGAAAGAAUAUGAUCCUCACAAUUCUGCGGUGCAAUUUAAUACAGCAGAGCAAAGGUGCAGUGAUAAAGCGGUUGUGGAGCCUGCGUGAGAGCUUCCGGCUGUUUGACUUCCUGGGCAACCCACCCGAGACUGAGGAGUUGAAGGAGCUGCUGCUGCAGGGAUGCAUAGUGACAAAUAUCUACCUGAAAACCGAGGAGAGUCGUCGAUUCUUGUCCUUCCUUUUCGGUUUAAAUGUGGAUUUUAUCAAGACGAUUCAUGCCGUUCUUAAGAAGCACCUUCCUUCUUUGACUAAAGUGCAAGUGGGCUACUAUGCUGACAUUUAUUUUCAAGCCUGGAAAAAGGCCACAGGCCCUUACCUGAAGGUGAUGGAGGAACACUGCAUCCAGAACCUGAUGGAGCACGGCGUGUACCUGCCUUACAGCUCUCCAUUGAACUCCAAAGUGCGGCAGAUGUUGAGUUACUUCCACGCUCAGAAGGUCCGCCAGGGUGUGGACGAGAUGCUGCACCGACUGUACGAGCCAAUCCUGUGGAGGGCGCUAAAGGCCAGCAAUAGCGAGAUACGGGCCAACGCCACCCUGCUGUUCACGGACGCUUUCCCACUGCAGGACCCUGCAUUUGGGAGGGAGGAGGCAGAUGCGAAUCUGCAGAGGCAGUUUGAGGAGCUCUUUCGUGUGUUGGAUGACCCGUGCCCUCGAGUGCGCUCGAGCGCGGUGCUAGGAGUGUGCCGCCUAACCUCGCGCUACUGGGAGAUGAUCCCCGGACGCCCGCUCUCCGAGCUACUCACAAAGCUUGUCUCCAGCCUCGCAUUCGAUGCCUCCUCGGCUGAUGUGCGCUGUGCCGUCUACAAGUCCCUGCCAAUUGUUCUCGACAACAAAUUGAGUCACCCGUUAAUGGAGAAGCUCCUUCCAGAAGCCAGGAAUGGGCUACACGAUGUAACUGAGAGGGUGCGUGUGGCUUUUGUCGACAUGCUGCUUAAGGUCAAGGCUGUGCGAGCGGCUAAGUACUGGAAGAUCUGUCCGAUGGAGCACCUGUUGGCGCGUCUGGCGAUGGACAGCCCCGUAGUGACGCGCCGGCUGGUGCAGCUUCUGGCCAGCUCCUUCCUGCCGGUUGAGCAGCCCGAGGAGACGUGGCGUGAGCGCUGCAUCACCCUUGUGCAGAUGAACCCCACUGCCACCCGCUGUUUCUAUCAACACUUACACAAGUUCGUGUCGCCGACGAAUAUCGCCAAACUGAUUUUGCAGCUGUAUCACUGCCUGAACACGUGUCUGCCAAAACACAAACGCCAGAAUGAAGAGAAAGAAGCUGAGGGAGAUGAGAAAGAAAAUGAGAGUGAAGAUGAUGAUGAUGAUGAGGACGUACCUCUCGCCAAGGACCUGACGACAGUGGGCAGCUUGCUAGAGGUGGUGGUCAUCCUGUGGAGCAGCAUUCGCGAAGUGUUACUGGGAAACCCGCGCGUGUAUCAGCAGCUCGUGAUUAAGUUUUCCGACGUGGUGCCCGGUUACUUCAGAACGUUCAAGAACGAGCGCUGUUACCAGGCACUGGUCAUUCUUGCUUCCUACAUGCCUCCCAACACCAUCCCUACUUUCAGUGGCAGCGUGUUGUCACGGCUACGUGCCUUUGAACUGGGUGUGGAUGACAUGGAUUUCACACCGUUGCUGGACUGCAUGUGCUGCUGGGGCCAGGCGGGUCACAUUUUGGAGCUCAUUACAGAAUGGCUGUCUGCCAAUCUGGGCCAAAAAUCUCCACAGACAAGAGUCAACCGAGUGCGGAUAAGUGUACCCAUGUUGCCAAAGCCCGACCUGGCACUGCAGUACACAGAGUACAUGCUCCGCUCACCUGUGUGCUGCGCUUCUGUGCUGGAUUCUGGUCACAAGCUGAAUGCUCUCACUGAGCUACUGGCCACCUCAAAGGACACUCUGCGAGCCUUCCUUAAAAACCCGAAGACGAUCGGCGUGGACACUGCGAGUGCGACGGCCUUACGUGUAUUCCGGCUGCACUGUCUACUACAGAUCCUCAUUCACCAUAAGCACAAUGGAGAAGGCCGCGCGAUUCAGGCCUCCUUUGAGAGCACAAGCAGCUGGGUGGUGCAGUACGUGCUGUGCGCACUCCAGGCUCCACACGACACUGCUAGCAACAAGGCUGAGGCUCAAGCGAGCUUCGCGCUCGACAUUGCAACAGUGUAUCUGAAGGCCUGUAAGGACAUAGUGCUUGUGGGGCUUGCAGACCCUGACUUUAUUGGACAUUGCCUGGAAUUCACCAUCAGUGUGGUGGAAACAGAUAAAGGAGUGCAGUGCCUGCCACUGGGUUUGCAACUUCUGCAGAGCGUGCUGAGGCACUGCCUGUGCCAGGACCACGAGGACGCGACCGAGGUGCCCGGAGCGAGCGCCGUCGGCAAGAACGCAAAGGCCAGAGUGACACGUGCCCGGAGCAGGGCAGAACCUGUCGUUGAUGCUGCCGCACGUAGCGCCAUCGCCGCCUCGCAGGAGAAGCUCAGAGAACUCGUGCAGGUUGCUCCGACCGUGUUCCAAAAGCUCCUGCAAAUGAUGGGCCGCUGUACCCGCAAGCAGGCGGAUGUCGCGCAACAGGUACCCCCCUUAACCACAGGGUCAAUGUAG